AUGUCGACAAAGAUGGCAGAGCGCCUAAAGGGCAAGACUAUCGUCAUCACCGGUGCUUCUUCCGGCAUUGGCAAGUCCACAGCAAUCGAAUUCGCCCGGACACAGCCCGACGACCUCAAGCUUAUCCUCACUGCGCGGCGAGAAGACACAUUGAAAGAGGUCGCACAGGAAAUUCAAGGCUUUGCAAAAGGCGUCAAGGUCCUGCCAGUCAAACUUGACGUCAGCAAGCCGGACGAAGUCCAGAACUUUGUCGGAAACCUACCACAAGAGUACAAGGACAUUGAUGUGCUCGUUAACAACGCCGGCCUUGUAAAAGGUGUUGCGCAAGCUCCCGAUAUCUCGCCCGCCGAUAUCGACACCAUGUUCAGUACAAACGUAACCGGCUUAAUCAACAUGACGCAAGCCAUCCUACCCAUCUUCAAAGCGCGAUCCACACCCUCCGGCGACAUUAUAAACAUUGGUAGUAUCGCAGGUCGCGAGCCCUACCAAGGCGGAUCCAUCUACUGCGCUACAAAGGCUGCUGUGCGCUCCUUCACUGAUGCCAUGCGCAAGGAGCUUAUCGCUACACGGAUACGCGUCAUCGAGAUUGAUCCUGGACAAGUUGAGACAGAAUUCAGUGUAGUCAGGUUUGGAGGCGACAAAGAGAAGGCGAAGAAGGUCUACGAGGGCGUUGAGCCGCUGACACCGGAGGACAUCGCAGAGGUUGUGGUAUUCGCUGCGGGACGGAGGGAGAAUGUGGUGUUGGCUGAUAGUCUGAUCUUCCCAAACCAUCAGGCGGCAGCGACAGUCAUGCACCGGAAACCUACCGGUCAGUAG